UUGUCAGCGCGCUCGGGGCGGCUUCUGAGCCUGGGCAGCCGCCGGGCUUGUCGUGCUCCCUCUGAGGUGCUUGCCCGAGCCAAUGUGCCCCGGUCCGCUAGGGCGAGAGCAGUCGCUGGUUCGGGACAACUUGGGAUUCAGGACCCGCAGCAGGGGCGUCGGUUUGCGAUCGGGACUCGGCGAGGAGGAUGGAAAUCCUGUAUGAAUGUGGAAGCCAUUAGCAAAGUAAUUGCUGUCUGUUACCAUGACAACCAGCCGCUGCAGUCACCUGCCCGAAGUGCUGCCAGACUGCACCAGCUCAGCUGCGCCCGUGGUGAAGACUGUGGAGGAUUGUGGCAGCCUAGUGAAUGGGCAGCCACAGUAUGUCAUGCAAGUUUCAGCCAAGGACGGGCAGCUGCUGUCAACUGUAGUGCGGACUCUUGCCACCCAGAGCCCCUUCAAUGACCGGCCGAUGUGCAGGAUCUGCCACGAGGGCAGCAGCCAAGAGGACUUGCUCUCUCCAUGUGAAUGUACGGGGACCUUGGGGACAAUUCACCGGAGCUGCCUGGAGCAUUGGCUGUCGUCCUCAAACACCAGUUACUGUGAACUCUGCCACUUCAGGUUUGCAGUCGAGCGCAAACCCAGGCCGUUAGUGGAGUGGCUCAGAAACCCAGGCCCCCAGCAUGAGAAGCGGACCCUGUUUGGAGACAUGGUGUGCUUCUUGUUCAUAACUCCCCUGGCCACCAUCUCAGGCUGGCUGUGCCUACGGGGCGCCGUGGAUCACCUGCACUUUAGUAGUCGGCUCGAAGCCGUUGGACUGAUUGCACUCACUGUCGCACUCUUCACUAUUUACCUCUUUUGGACACUAGUGUCAUUUAGGUACCACUGUCGAUUGUACAACGAAUGGCGUCGGACCAAUCAGAGGGUGAUUCUCCUCAUUCCAAAGUCUGUCAACGUACCUUCCAACCAGCAGUCCUUGCUGGGCCUCCAUUCUGUCAAGAGGAACUCAAAGGAGACAAUCGUUUGAUAUUUGUGUGGUUGGUUGGUUGACUCAUUGUUUGGGGUCUGGAAGUUUCUGCACUGGGGCCAUGCACUGAGCCACCCCCAAACCCUUCCUUAAGCCUGUGGGUCUAAGAACAUCCAGAGCCGUGUUAGCACAUCAUCCUGAGCAACGAACUCUGCCAGAAGAAAGCAAACGCUAUUUUACUUCAAAUCAUGGAUGCUGCAAUCAUAUGAUAUUUGCUAAGCUGCCAAACAUGUUUAUUUAGCAGAUACUGUAUGGAAUUUUCUGAACACCUCUUUAACAGAUGAGGAAGGUUGUCCUGCUAAAGAUGCAAUUCAAUUCUUCCUUUUUUAUUACUAUUUCAAAUAUAUAUAUAUAUUAAACUUAGAUGAUAAUCAAAAUUGAAAAGCCAAUGUUAAAACUGGUUUCUUGGUUUGGAUGGGUUUUGUUGGGGUUAGCUUAUUUGUUUUCUGGUUCCUACUGUAGAUUCUUUGGGGUAUUUGAUAGCCUGAAUGGUCUUUUUCAUCUCUUUUAUGUCCCGUACUGAAGGGGACAGCAUAACAACUGCAGAACAAGUCAUAUUUGGAGAAUGUUUUGUACUAAACUUCAUUGAAUUAUUCAGUUUUUAAAGGAAAAAAAGGCGUGGCAACUCUCCCCACAGUGAGCUGUUUAUUUAAAUUUCGUUAAGGAGAAAAAAAAAAUUAUGGUGAGAAGCACGCUACUUUCAACUUGUUUGGUACUGACAGCUGAUAGAAGCUAUUUUCUAAUAAUAAAUAUCCAGUGUGUGAAAGACAAACCCCACUGAUUGCAAUAUUUUUUUUAAUCAUAAAAACCUGUGAAGUUUCCCAAAGUAGAUUUUAAAAAAGAGGAAAAGCGAAAAGGUUGGUGUCCUUACUCCCAUCUCAUUGAGUGCCCGUCUAGAUUCUGCGUUCACGAUGAAUUGGAGGAUCAUUAGACAUUUCUAGGAACCCUGGACCUGUUUUGCAUAUCAAUUAGCAUUCCCAUUGCUCUAUUGAAUUUCUAGCUUGACAGGUAGAUGUGGCAAAAAAGCCUGUCCUAGCAGUCUAAGACCCCUUUGUCUGAUUUUCAGAAGCCCUACACAGUGCCUUCCCCCAGCCAUGAGCCAAUUCUGUCACAGGCUGAAAUAGACUUUUUCUAAGGGCUUCGUGUCCCCCUUUUGUCCGUCGCAGUGUAAAGGGUCUAAACGGCACCCUGCGUUCGCAUGUUCACUGGAGCCGGGGAGCAGACCUGUCGUCUGAGGAAAGCACUUGCUCGGGUUGGCGCUCAGCCUCCCGCAGUCUACCCCUCCACCCACAUGCCGGGAGGAGGAGGCGGAGCCCAGCUUUGGGGAAUGCUUAAAAUACGGAUUUCUAGAACAUGACCCACAUUCCAAAUAUCACUCCAGCGUCUGCCUUAUGCUCCCCAAGUGGGAGAGAGGAAAGUGCAAAGGAACAGGCAGUGAGGAGAGUAACGAUUUUUGUGUGCAGAUUGAUCAAGCUGAUGCAGUUUCACCUUUGUCUGCAGAGCCCUCCAUCCACAGACUGCUCCCCACGCUGCCUGGGGAGGGAAACAGCUGUACCACUCUCCACUGCAAGACUCAGAUGUGCUUUAUGGCUUGUGACAAUAGAUUUCCUCCCCAAUACGCUUCACUCCCACACUUCAAUUCCAGUAAUAUACGUCUCAGCCCUUCUGUUUAUUCGGCCCUGUCACCCCUCUGGGCUGUCAUUAGCUGCACCACCAUCAACCGUUUCUUAAUUGACCUUUUUAAAAUGCUGGACACCACUGGCUACAUGCAGCUGUCACACAUUAAAUUUCCGGAGCCAAGAGUCCAACUUGGUAGCUUGUGGAUUGCAGCCCUGUAAUACAGUUGAUAAAUGACGUCCACCCAGCCUUGGUCCCUGAGCUGUCAGGUGAACCAGUGACACCUCCCCACUGAAUGGCACAAACAUUCAUGAGAGGACCAUACCCUUUCUCCUCCCGGCUUCCUCCAUGAAUUAAGGAAGCAGCAGAUUCCCAGGAUCAUUUCCUGUUGGCAUUGGCUACAGAGAAUUCCUGCCGUCUUGGUCCAUGAGAUGAGAUAUAGUGAUGCGGAAUACUGAAGGCAGGCAGCUCGCUGGGGCUUCUGCACUGGGAAGGUUGGCGGUUAGUACUGUGCCUGUGCCAUGUCUCUUUCCCCCGUAUUUGCAUCCCCACCCUGGGAAAUAAAGCAGAGUCCAAACGCAAGGAUUAGGUUGCGUGUGCGGUGGUGGGCAGGACAGUCCCGGCCUCCCGGAGUAGCAUCAUGCCUCCCUUCCCAGGCCUCCAAUUUGGGACCUCCUGUGAGGGACUCCGUGCUCCGUCAGCACCAGGGCUCAUCUGAGAUUCUGAAAGUUGUUGGAGGACACGUCAUCCUUUCUUGGCCCUUUAACCCUGACAUCGUUCAAGGUGGGAGAGUGUAGGGAACUGAGCAUAUGCACUAAGGCACCAGCCAAGAGGGCAGGAGGCAGGUGGGGCUGCAGUCCAGGCUCCACGUCUGUCACCAACCACGCUGCAUCUCCCUGGAAGAAGGGCUGCCUUUUGCUAACUGGUGCGAAGGUGCUGCACAGGUUACCAGCAGCCCUGCUGAUUGUCCUCUUUCUUUGUGAAAGAUCAAGAAUGAAGCAGGGAAAGGAAGAAGGAGGGGCAGGGAAGGGAUUCUGGUGGUUCACUGCUUCCCUUCCUCUACUCCUUGCACAGUCCUCUCUCAUCUGCGCUCUUGCUGAUCUGAUCUCCUGACCGUUUGUCUUGAGAAUACUAGGUAGAGACAAGUGUGCAUCCCAGGGAAGCCAGAGAGGGAAACUGACAGCUGACACAAGUCCAGCGUGCUCUUGCCUGCCCCAUGUGUGCAUGCGCGUGUGUCUGCGUGUUUUCAUUCGGGGCCAGGACAGAGAACACAGAGCGGCACACAAAUUCUACAGCUCCUCAGAGAACUGAGCCGACACACAGAGGAGCUGUAAAACUCAAUUUAGGCAAAAUAAAUGGCAUGACUUGGAAGUUACUUGUACUUGUCUUUCGUGUCCUGGUCUCCAUUCCCAGUGCCCUGAGUGCCCUGGAUUGUCACUUUCAGCUGGGCUGCAGCCACAGUCAUUUCAUUUGCAGUGAAAGUAACUCAUCUGGGGGUGUAGAGGAGCCCCAGGAGAAAAUGGAAGUGAGACAGCAGCCGACUAUCUGCACUUGGCCAGUGGCCAGCUGAAGGUUCCAUUUCCUCCCCGGGGCUCUUUGUUCCCCUCUUGGCACUGAUCCACCCGGCCCGGGUCUGUCUCGGCCCCCCUGACACCACACAGCUCACAGAGCGGGCAUGGUGUGCACAAAAAUGUUGUCUUCAGCCUGUCCUCACCAGGGAGUGUCCCCAGGCUGAAAAAAUUAAGGAUGAAAGACAUGUAGAAAGGGAAAUCAGCACAUGCCUCCUUUCAACUUUAAUCCAGAGUGUUCCCAGAAGCUACCUGAAGAUCAGCCAGACAGCUUGUAGCCCUAGCGCCGGAUGAGAAAUAGGGUGUGAUUCUGAAGCCUUACCUGGAAUGGGAGGUGGGCCAGCUAGUGGGGACAGGGCUCAGGAUUAUUUAGGGCAAGAGAUUGGGACCAGGAUGGAUCUGGCUGGAUGCCAUCCCUCCACCAAGCACGUGGAGGAUCCAGCAGGCUGCUGCCAGUGAGGCCUGGUGCUGCGGAGGCUGGAGUGGUGACAAGUCGGCUCUCCAGAUAGCGAUGCCUGGGCAACUGCAGACGCUCUCCACAUGUGUCAGUUCUGCAGAAAUACGCAGGCUGUUAUGUUCUACCAUCUACCUUUUUGGCUUUACAGAAGUCUCAGUGUCUAGGAGUUGGCUUUGGGGCAUAGAGCCUUUCCCUUGCCGUUUAAUUGUUCUGGGGUGAGUCUGGCUCUUUGCUUCCCAGUGCGAUAGGACAGGAGUGACCCAGCUAUGAGUCAGACUACCUGGGUUUGAACCUGGCUCUGCACUGUCUCAGCUGCUGAUUGUGGACCUAUCUAAGCCUCAGUUUUUGCCUCUGUAAAAUGAGGAUAAUACCUACCUCAGACGGUCCUUGUAGAAUUUGUAGGGCUUCCCUCCCAGUAGUUCAUGAAUGAAAGGCGUUGCCCUUCCCUCCCCUUCCUUCCACUCACUGUUGCUAACGUCUGGGUUAUUUCCCCUAGCUUGUGUUUUGGCAAAUGACUUUGAUAAACAAUUUGAAGGACCACAAACAAAGAGUUUUAAAUCCUUUUCAAAAAGAAGAAGGAUUAAUUUUAAAUAAUCAGUAGAUAUUUAUUGAGCACACUGUGCUUGGGAGUAAAAAGAAUUGUAAGGGACCCUUCCGGAGGUUGAAAUUACUGACUUGAUUGAGAUCUUUGAAUUCUGUGUAGAUUUCAAUUAUCCUGGCAUUUCCUGAGACUGGAGCCUAUGGCUAAUUGAGAAUUCAUCACCGAUAAAAAAAAAAUUUGCUAGUUCUGGAUCUAGUGCUACAGAGGAAAACAAAUACAGUUCCAUCAGUUGUCUGCGUUCCCAGAAAUGAGGGACUCAUGAGUCACUGAGCUCAUACAUCUAGUGCCUGCUUGGAGGCUCUGAAUUCUGUGCACAGAGACAGCAGAAGGAGAUCGGCUCUGGGAGCCAUGCUUCAUUCUGAGAAGCUCUCCUUUCUGAACACACUUUUCACCUAUUGGAGCCAUAGUUACCCUGUCAAGGAAGUGAAUAUAUGGACCCUAUCAGAGGUUUUAUUUUAGCUUCUUUGUGGGCACCAGGUGCAAAGAAUUGAGUUAAUCAUACAUUUCAAUCCAUGACACACUUUCUAUCACCAUUAGCCUAUAUGGGUCCCUGUUCUAUUUUAUUCCACAAGUAUGUACAUUGUGCCAGGCGUUUGCCAUGAGCCAUGUGCUAUUCAGCACUUUGAAAAUUACCUCCUUUAAUCCUCACAACGACCUCGUCUAUUGCUGCCUGGCAAACCACCCCACAAUUUAGUGGGCUAAACCGACCACUUUAUUGCAUCUCACUAUUCCGUGGGUUGACUCAGGCUCCCUUGGGUGGUCCCUGGGCAGUGCCUCUUCUGGUCGUACUUGGGUGUCUCAGACAGUCAGAUGGCCCAAGUGCUCUUCCUGUGGCCUGUCUCUCAGCUUCAAGGGCCCCUCUCUUUCCAUGGCAGCUCAGGGCUCCAAGAGGGAAGAAACUUCUGUCCUGCUUCAUGCCUGGGCUUGGAUGUCCCACAAGGUCACCUCCUCACAGCCUAUUGGUCAAAGCAGUCACAGGCCCAGCCUCAUGAAGGGAGGAGCUGCUUGCACACACACAGAAGGGCAGAACUGAGGCCAUCUUUCGAGAUUAGCUCCCAGACCCUUUUUACAGAUGGAGAAGCUUAACCAGAGAGGUUAACUUACCUGCCCAAGGUAACAGAGCUAGCAAGGGGCAGAGCUGGGAUUCAGACCCAGGUGCUCGAGUCCAUGCCCUUAAUCACUAUGCUCUGAUGCCUCUCAGCUUCUAGUUUUAUAAUAUUUUCCCCUUCAUCCAUAAUCUCCACUCUCAUCUCCUUCCUCCAUUAGGCACCCACGCUAAUAUAUUUGAUAGAUAAACUGAAUACGUAUAUAGCUUUGCAAAACAUUGUUUUGUGAGUGUCUUAAUUUACAUGAGAUAUUAUGCUAUAAAUCUCAUUCUUUUUUUUCCCCACCUAACACUAUGUUUUUAAGAUCUAUCCAUGUUGCUGCAUGUGUAUCUAGCUCAUCGCUUCUAAUGGCUGCUUGGGAUUCCAUUUCACUUUUCUUUUCCCCUAAAUGUUGCCUGCAACUCCCAGACCCUACAACAGUGAUGGACAUCUCCUCCUUGCCUCCUUCAGUCCUGUGGGAGAGUUCCUCUGGGCUAGUAUCCGUCAGUGGGAAUGCUGGGUCACAGGAUGUUGACAAAUUUAAUUUCACUGUGGUAGUCUUAUUCUCCAGAAGGACUCUAGCCCUUUAGACACUCCCAGUAGUGGCUGAGUCUCCACCUCCUUUCCUACACUAGCUAUUAUUUAUUGGUUCGUUUCCAGCCAAACUGAUAGUGUAAACCUAUGCCUUAUUGCUUAUAUCUGCUCGGAUUUACACUUCUCUAUUUUCCUAUUGGGUUUGCUGUCUUUUCAUUUUCAGUGUCUCUAGUCAGGUUGACAUCCUGCAAAGUCUUUCAUCUGUUCCACUCUCUCUUCACUUUGUCUAUGGUUUACUGUGUUGAACAGAAAUCCUUAACUUUGACAUAGCCACAUCUGUUUUUCCUCAUGUGGUUUGUCCCAUAAGUGGCCAUAUUUAAGUUUUAGAAGUCCUUUCUCAUUCCAGAAUCACAAAGAUAGUCUCCCAUAUUUUCUCCCUUUAGCUUUACAGUUUUAUGCAUCAGCCUUAGGCCUUCAAUCUACCUGGAGUUCACCUCUGUAUGUGAUAUAAGAUAGGGAUCCGACUUUAUCUCCCUAACUUGAGGCAUUUUUCCAUCACUACACGAACAAUCUAAACAAUCUCCCCUUUCCUCAUUCGUUUGUGGUGUCGCCUGUCCCGUAUGUCCAGUUCCAUAUAAACAUGAGUCUGCUUUCUCAUACUCCACCUAUGGCUUUAAUCUAUCUCCCUAUGCCUGCAUAACCUCACUGUUUUUCUUACUGUAGCUUCAUGGUGUCUCAAUAUCUAGUGGAAUGAGCACCUCCUCCCAUCCUCUGCCUACUUCACUCUACUUUUUUUCAAAAUUGACUUCAUUAUUUGUGGACAAGCUUUUUAUUCCUGUGUAUAAAUUUUAGAAUAGUUUUGUUCAGUCAUUUAAAAGGUCUUGAUGACGGGCCGGCCCCGUGGCUUAGCGGUUAAGUACUCGCGCUCCACUACUGGCGGCCCGGGUUAGGAUCCCGGGC